UAGUGCCGGCGUACACACAAACAUACAUAAUUUUAGUGCAGUUUUGAGGUUUGAUUGUAGUUCAAUGACAAAUUUGAAAUUCGUGGUGCUGUUGCUUCUCCCUAUCCUGUCCUCUGUUCUCGUCUCAUCCAAGUCCCCUCCCGUUCAGAUGCUGGCCACUCUGGUGAAGCCGGGAAUCUUCCGGCAUGUGAAAUGCCUGAACAGCAUGUAUCCUCGCAGUGGCGUCCUCCGUUUCCCAGUGGCCGAGGAGCAGGUCCUUUGGUCGGAGCCAUAUGCCGAGUACUGCCCGCCCGCGUACACAGCUCCCCAUAUUGGCGGACAGGUGUGGGCCGAUGCGCCGUUGCCAAGUGAAACAUUUCAGCCGAAAUGGAACCAGAACGACGGUCAGGUGAACCGGGAGUCCUUUCACGGUGCCUACGAGGUAAAGGACGGCCUGCCACGCAAUCCAAUCGGACGCACCGGUCUGAGCGGGCGAGGCUCCCUGGGCAGGUGGGGUCCCAAUCAUGCAGCCGAUCCCAUUGUUACCCGCUGGAAGCGCGACGCGAAUGGAGAGAUCGUUGGCAAUGCAGCCACCGGCAAGAACAUCCUUCAGAUGGUGGCCAUUCAGCGUUCAGACAACAAACUGUGGGCCAUUCCGGGGGGCAUGGUGGACCCCGGCGAGAACGUGAGCGUCACACUCAAGCGUGAGUUCACCGAGGAGGCUCUCAACUUCACCGACAAGGCCAAUAUGGUGGAGAAGUUCUUCAAGGAAGGUGUCCAUAUCUACAGCGGCUACGUGGACGACUUUCGGAACACCGACAAUGCCUGGAUGGAGACAACGGCUCUGAACUUUCACGACGAGGACGGCAGCCAGGUGGGGCAGCUGGAGCUAGUGGCCGGCGACGAUGCUUCGAACGUGCGAUGGACUGAUGUCGACGGCAGUCUCAAGCUGCAUGCAAACCAUGCAGACAUUGUCCGGGAAGUGGCCAUCAAGCGCGGUGCACACUGGUAGAAACAGAAGAAUGCUCGAAUCUGAUAUGCAGACGAAAGUGUCUGUGAAUAUAAACUAUUCAUAUCGCUUUGCAAUUAUAAAUUAGAAAACAUUUCAUUAGCUCGUAUCGUGUAUCCAUGUAUCUCUCUGAGAGAUAAAUUUCUUCGAGAGGUUAUAUGUGUAUUUAUGUUCCCCAUAUUCUGGGACUGACUGCCAUAUAAUGGCGUGUACUGCGCGUGUGUGUGUUUGUGUUGUUGACUAAACAUUUUGAACAAUUUUGAAUAAACUUCGACGCCAUCAU